AUGAAUUUUAUUUUUCUAGUUCUCACGCCCUUACUUCGUUGGAAUUCGACCGGUUUAACUGUAGCUGGCAUAGGAAGUUCAUCAGGUUCGACUUCUGAUAAGCUUAAUACUCCUAUUGAUCUUGCAGUGGAUUUUUCCAAUACACUCUAUAUUGCUGAUUUCAAUAACAAUCGGAUCCAACGAUGGCUGAUCGGCGCAUCAACUGGUACAACUGUUGCGGGUCAAGCAAAUGGGACUAGUGGUAUAGGUGCAGCAUAUUUAAGUGCUCCUGCUGGUGUAAUUAUUGAUUCAAAUAAUAAUAUUUAUGUAUCUGAUUCAAUUAAUGCUCGAAUUCAACAAUGGACUAACGGUGCAACAUCGGGAACUCAAAUCGCUGGUACAGGUUCAUCUGGUUUUGCGUACAAUCAGUUUCAUACUCCAUACUUUAUUUCACGGGACACAAAUACUAAUACACUUUACAUCGCCGAUUAUAACAAUAAUCGUGUCAUGAGUUAUGCACCCGGUGUAUCUAAUGGUACUUUGGCCAUCGGAGGACAAGGACCAGGGACAAACAGCACACAACUAUAUUAUCCAGUUGGAGUUUAUUUUGAUUUAGCAUCAAACAGUCUUCUUAUUGCUAAUUACGGUGGUCAGCAUAUUGUUCGCUGGCCAUUAAGCGAUAGAAGUUGGACCUUGGUAGCAGGGAGUCCUGGAAUGGUUGGCAGUUCAUCAACACGUCUUAGUUAUCCGACAGGCGUCACACUUGAUCCAAUGGGUAAUAUGUAUGUAGCUGAUACCGGAAACCAUCGUAUACAACUUUUUUUAGCUGGUCAAACAAAUGGAACAACAAUUGCUGGUAUUACUGGAGUCAGUGUUAAUAUAUCAACAUUAAGAAAGGAUAUUGAUGGAUAUGGUUUUCAAUCUGGUCGUGUUAAGGAUAAAGGUCAAGAUGUAACAAAUGAAGAUAUUAAUACUACACAUUAUGUUAUCCUUUAUCCAAAGGAUCGUAAUCGUGAUCCUGAUGGUGACGUACAAUCAUCACUUCAAUGGAAAACACGAACAAUCAUUACUAGUCAACAAGAAGAACAAACAUUUUUCUAUGCUGAAUUAAACGAAAAUGAUUAUAUUAAGUUAACAAAAAAGAAUUCUAAACGCAAACUUUUGUACAAUAAUGAAUUAUGUCAAUUAGAAUUUCGAACAACAUUUAAAAUAAUUGGACAUGACUUUGAAGAAGCUUUAGUAUUAAAUUCACAAUUAUUUGGACUAUGCUCCCAUGCAAAAUAUUACCCAAUAUCGUUGGCUAAAGUUUUUAUUGAAGAAGUUAGCCAAUUGCAUAAGAAUGUAACAUCACGUUCUUCGAUAGAAAUCGAAGAAGAUAUCCAUAGUAAUAUUUUACAAAUCAAAGUUGCUUGGUCAGAUGAUUAUGAAUUUCUAUCACCAAAUGAAAUAUAUAUGAAUGCUAUAGGCCUCAUAUUUAAUUUAACUACAAAAUAUCUUAUUCAUAUAUCAUUUAUAAAUCUAUAUCAACGAAGUUUACAACUUACAUGGAUGAAUUUAUUAAAUCGUGAAAGACGAAAUUUAAAACCAAAUAUUAAUUCAGUAGCAAAAUGUUUUAUGAUUAAUCGACUUAUUGCUGAAUGUAAAAAAGAUCCUUGUCAAUUUGCUCGACAAACAGGAGAAUUAUAUGAAGAAAUUAAAAUGCGAAUAUCAUGUAUAACACCAUCAGCAUGGACAGUAGAAGAUUUUUAUGAUCAGAUAGAACUUUGGCAAAAUCUACAAUCUCAUCGACGUUUAUUUCAUAUUAAUCAUGAUGAAGCAAAUAGACCACAAAGUUUACUUACUUUACAACAAAUUGCUACGAAAAUUUAUUCUCAUUGUCUUAGUUCUUGUCAAAGAAAUUUCAACGAUCAAAACUAUGAUCAUUUGAAAAAACUUUUACAACAUUCAUUUAUUAUUAUUGCUCAACCAUCUGUUCCAGAAUGUGUUGUAGCUGCUAAAUAUGAUAAAUCGGGAAAUACAUAUUCUGCUAAAUUACAUACACGUAUUAUAUGUUUAUUAGAGCCAGAUAUAGUAGAAAAAAAUUUAAUAUUUUCAAAUGUUGCUGUUACACUUUUUCCAUUCGAUCGUAAUUUGGAUUUAUUUGGAGAAGAACAACCAACACUUAAAUGGCAUAAAAGACAAAUAAUCGAUCCUGAUAAUAUACUUAGAUCAUUUUUUUAUGUUGAACUUGAAUCAAUUAAAUUAAAAAAAUUAGAUCGACCAAACUCACGACCAAUGUAUAAUGGAAAAAUGUGUCAAUUAGAGUUUAAAAUUAAAAUUAGAAUAAAUGAACUUAAUAUUGAAGAAAAUCAUAAAUUAACUUCAGAACAAUUCGGUAUUUGUUCACAUGCUCAAUAUUAUCCUGAAUAUGUUGCACAAGUAUUAUUACAUCAGGUUGAACAAAUCUCACAAUCUAAUAAUUCAAUAAUUCAACCAAAUACUCUUACAAAUUAUAUUCUUCGAUAUUAUACUCGUAUUUCAGGUAUGGAAGCAAAACUUCAAACUACUCAAUAUAUUACAGAUGUCUUACAAACAGUCUAUGAAAAAACAAUAACAUCUAAAACUACUACUUCGUUCAAUAUCUAUCAAAAUAUUUUGGUUAAAUUAAUUAGUCAAAUGGAAAUGUUCGUUGAUUAUCCAUUUCUUUCAAUGAUGUAUCAUGAUGGUUUAUUUCUUGGCAUCAAUAAUAAUACACUUGAUCAACAAUUACAUGGUACUCGGCAAAGGCCGCAUAUGUUAUUUCGUUUUAAUUCUCUUACAGACCAUCACUCAACUCAACAUGCAUCUGUACGAUUUAUUGUGCAUAAUGGUCAAUUAACAAAAGCUACUUUUCAUGCGAAAGCAUUUAUAGAUGAAAUGUGUCAAAUGAUUUGUGAAGCUAAUUCACACGAAGCUAUGAAUAGGCAAUUUCGACUUGCAAUAACAGAUCGUAAUUUUCAUGAAUUUAAUAUAGAAUUGUUUCGACUCAGUGCUACUGUAUCUCAAUUUAAUGAUGCUUAUCAACCAUUAAUACCUGUUCUUUGGGAUACAAUGAGAACAAGUGCUGCUGAACAACAAUUAAAACAAAAUGAACAACAAAUGACUUUAUCAAAUUCACUUUCAUUCGAUCUAGAAUCAAUGAAAGAAGAUGUCUCUCAAUCAAACACUUCUUCAACAAAGGAAAUUCAACUUGAUCUUUCGAAUAUGACCGUGACUAAUGAUCAUUCGAAAAGAUCAAAUGAAAAAGUAAAUAUUCAAACUGAUAUGCUUGCUCAUCAUGUAGUAGAAAAACUAUCCAAUUUAUUAAUGAAUUCUUCAACGGAAACUAUUUCUUCAACUCCAAAUGAUAUUACAAUAGCAUCGACGUUUCUAUCAACAUUAACUAAUGAAAAUAUUCAAGAGCAAAAACAAAUUUUAUUUCAUUUAUUAAAUGAUUAUUUUCAAUCUAAAACUUGCGUUGAUGUUGCUACUCAAACUUCACUAUCUGUUUCAAAUAAUUCAUCUGACAGUAUUUUCGAUAAUACCUAA